AAAAAAACACCUCCAAAUUUCAAAAUGCAUUGGAUUAAAUUAUUAUUAGCUGCCUUUUUGGUGCUAUCCCUUAUUAUUCAUGAGGUUCAAUCAUCCGGCCUAUUCGAAUUACGUUUAAAAUAUUUCAAAAAUGAUUACGGUCGCGACAGUGAAGGUCACUGUUGUAGCGGGCAAACGGAUCCGGCGACGGGUAAAUGUAUUGGCGGUUGUAAAACAUGGUUUCGCGUGUGUCUGAAACAUUAUCAAGCGACAAUCGAUACAACAUCACAGUGUACCUAUGGUGUGGUCGUGACACCUGUAUUGGGUGAAAAUUCCGUUAAUUUAACCGAUUCACAGGCCCUACAAAAUAAAGAUUUCUCCAAUCCCAUACAAUUUGCCUUCAAUUUUGCAUGGCCGGGCACCUUUACCUUAAUUGUGGAGGCUUUACAUGAUACCAACAAUACAGCCAAUGCUCGUUCACGCAGUCAACUGAUACAACGUCUGUCGGUGCAACAAGUCUUGGAAGUUUCACCCGAAUGGAAAACCAAAAAAUCCGAAUCUCAAUAUACCUGGUUGGAAUAUGAUUUUCGUGUAACCUGUGAUCCUCACUACUAUGGUUCUGGCUGUGCCAAUUUAUGUCGUCCCCGUAAUGAUCAAUUUGGCCAUUACACAUGCUCGGAAACUGGUGAAAUUAUAUGCUUAUCCGGCUGGACUGGAGAUUAUUGUGAGAAACCCAAAUGUGCCAAAGGUUGUGAACAUGGUCAUUGUGAUAAGCCAAAUCAAUGCAUCUGUCAAUCUGGCUGGAAAGGACCUCUAUGCAACGAAUGUGAAGUUCAUCCCGGCUGUGUUCAUGGAACAUGCUCCAAACCCUGGGAAUGCAUCUGCAACGAAGGCUGGGGUGGCCUGUACUGCAAUCAAGAUUUGAACUACUGCACCAACCACAAGCCCUGCCAGAACAAUGGUAUCUGCCACAACACUGGUGAAGGUCUCUACACAUGCAACUGCACUGCCGGUUUCCAAGGACAAGAUUGUGAAUUCGAAAUUAACUCCUGCGCUGAAGUGAAUCCCUGUCAAAAUGCUGGUACCUGUAUCGAAGAUGGUUCAAAACGUGGCUACAGAUGUGAAUGCAAAAAGGGCUGGGCUGGUCGUCUAUGCGAAGAUAAGGUCAUCACUUGUGCCGAUAAACCCUGUGUCCAUGGUUCAUGCCGCGAUACAAGCAAAGGUUUCCAAUGUGACUGCCCCAAUGGUUAUAGCGGUACUAUGUGUGAGGUUCAUGUUGACACCUGCACUCCCAAUCCCUGUCAAAAUGGUGGUACUUGCUCGGUAGGACCUAAUGGCUCGCACAAAUGUCAAUGCCCCAGCGGAUUUACCGGUGCCUCUUGCGAAGAAAACAUUGACGAAUGCCAAGGAAAUCCCUGUCACAAUGGUGGUACUUGCAUUGAUAUGGUCAAUCAAUUUAGAUGCCAAUGUGCUCCCGGAUUUUUGGGUUCCUUGUGUACUGAAAAAGUGGAUUUGUGCCUGAUCAAACCCUGUGCCAACGGUGGUACUUGCAGAAAUUUGAAUAACGACUAUGAGUGCACCUGUCGCCCUGGUUUCACUGGCAAGGAUUGUUCCGUCGACAUUGAUGAAUGCAGCUCCUCGCCCUGUCACAAUGGUGGUACCUGUAUGAAUCGUGUCAAUUACUUUGAAUGUGUUUGCGCUCAAGGUUUCCGUGGUCCCCAGUGUGAUGAAGAAUCCUAUGCCUCAGCCACCUAUGAUGCCCGGCAAUAUGAAGCUACAACACAAGCUAAGCCUAGAAGUGAUGGCCUGACCAGUGGCCAGGUGAUUUUGAUUGCCAUCCUCUCCGUGGCCAUGCCUUUGGUAGCUGUCAUUGCCGCCUGUGUGGUAUUCUGCAUGAAACGUAAACGCAGACGUGACCAAGAGAAAGAUGAUGCCGAGGCCCGCAAACAAAACGAACAAAAUGCCGUUGCCACAUUGCAUCACAAUUCCGGGGGUUUGUCCAGUGUUGCCGUUGCCGCCUUGGGUGUGAAACGUGGCAGCAGUUCCGGUCUGACUUUUGAUAACUCAAAUCCCAACAUCAUCAAAAACACCUGGGAUAAGUCGGUCAACAACAUUGCCAGCUCGGGCUCAACGGAUGAGUGCCUGAUGAACACCUCACUGUAUGGUGGUGCCCUGUCGAACUAUGCCGCCGACAACAAUGCCAAUUCAGAAUUUUGCGGUGUUGGCCAAAUCCAGCCUCUGCAAAGGGCCAAAUCGCAGAAGCAAUUGAACACCGAUCCCUCGCUAAUGCACCGGGCCUCACAGCUAAUGGGUGCUGUGGGUGGUGCUAGUGGCGCACAUGCACCAACCAAAGACUAUGGAGCUGGUGGCAGCUCUUCGAAUGGUGUUGGUGGUGUGGGGGGUGUGGGUGUUGCCGGCCCUGAAGGCAAACGGAUCUCAGUUUUGGGCGAGAGUGCCUACUGUUCGCAGAGAUGGCCUUCAUUGGCGGCCCAAGGUGUGGCUGGGGGUUGUGGGGCUGCCUCAAGUUCAGCAGCCAGUGGUGUGGCGACGUCAGGCCAAAGAUCAAUAGUAUGUGGUACACCUCAUAUAUAAG